AUGGCAUCAAUAAUCUUUCUACUUGUUUAUGUCGACAACAUCAUCAUCACAGGUAAUAAUCCAAAACUAACGGCACUAAUCGAAACUCUUGUUGUUCAGUUUGCACUUAAGGAACUGGGAAAACUUCGUUACUUCCUAGGCGUACAAGUUCACUACCUAGAGUCUGGUUUACUAAUGAACCAAUCCAAGUAUGUGGAUGACCUACUGCACAAACUACAAAUGACUGAUGUGAAACCAAUGCCAUCACCGGGUGUACAAGGCCAAAAACUAUCCAAGAACGAUGGGCAACCCAUCUCUGAUCCAUACAUCUAUCGUAGCACCAUAGGUGCUCUUCAGUAUCUAACACACAUAUGA